GUUGUCUCUCAAACUGUAAUUGAAGGCAAGGGAAGGCAAGGGAAGGGAGCCAUGCAAUUCAGCAACGGCAUAACAGGGGAAGAGUCGGUUCCCUUGUUGCAGAAAGUACCAUCAAUAAGAGAGACUGAUGAUGAAGAGGAAGAUUUACGGAAGAGGGUUUGGAUUGAAUCAAAGCUGCUAUGGCACAUCGUGGGUCCAGCCAUCUUCAGCCGUGUCUCCUCCUUCUCUAUGAACGUUAUUACCCAAGCCUUCGCUGGCCACCUUGGUGAUCUCGAGCUUGCUUCCCUCUCUAUCGCCAAUAAUGUCAUUGUUGGCUUCAAUUUCGGUCUCUUGUUAGGGAUGGCUAGUGCAUUGGAGACCCUAUGUGGACAGGCAUUUGGAGCCAAGAAAUUCCAUAUGUUGGGAAUAUAUAUGCAGAGAUCAUGGAUUGUUCUGUUUCUCUGCUCUGUUCUGCUUCUCCCCAUGUACGUAUUCGCCACUCCCAUUCUGAAAUUGAUGGGGCAACCGGAGGAUGUCGCGGAACAGUCGGGUAUGGUGGCUGUCUGGCUUAUCCCUCUCCACUUUAGCUUUGCAUUCCAAUUUCCCCUACAGAGGUUCUUGCAGUGCCAGCUUAAGACUGCAGUGAUUGCCUGGGUUUCCUUGGUGGGUCUGAUCGUUCAUAUCUUCGUGAGCUGGCUUUUUGUGUAUGGUUUCAAGCUAGGCUUGGUUGGAACUGCUAUUACCCUUAACUUCUCAUGGUGGGUUCUGGUUUUUGGAUUAUUGGCUUACACAAUUUGUGGUGGAUGCCCUCUCUCUUGGACUGGUUUCUCUAUUCAAUCUUUCUCUGGGCUUUGGGACUUCCUCAAGCUCUCUGCAGCUUCAGGUGUUAUGCUCUGCUUGGAGAACUGGUAUUACAGAAUAAUAAUAUUGAUGACAGGGAAUCUGAAGAACGCAAAGAUUGCAGUAGAUGCUUUGUCCAUCUGUAUGACCAUUAAUGGAUGGGAAAUGAUGAUUCCAUUGGCGUUCUUUGCGGCAACUGGAGUAAGGGUAGCAAACGAGCUAGGAGCAGGGAACGGGAAAGGAGCAAAGUUUGCAACAAUAGUAUCAGUGGUAACAUCAAUGAUUUUUGGUCUCAUAUUUGGUGUGCUAAUUAUCGGAUUUCAUAGCAACUUUGCAAUUAUCUUCACAUCUAGCUACAACGUUAUUACUGCUGUCGACAAGCUCUCUGUCCUCUUGGUCUUCACCAUCCUCUUCAAUAGUGUUCAACCUGUUCUCUCUGGAGUGGCUGUUGGGUCGGGAUGGCAAGCUUUUGUGGCAUACAUAAAUUUGGGUUCCUAUUACAUCAUUGGGGUCCCAUUUGGAAUUUUAUUGGGAUGGAUCUUUAAUCUUGGAGUGGAGGGUAUCUGGAUUGGGAUGAUAUGUGGGACCGGGGUCCAAACAUUGUUAUUGGCCAUCACCAUCAUUCGAUGUGACUGGGACAACGAGGCAAGGAAAGCAACUUCACAGGUAAAGAAAUGGGCGAAAGAAGAUGAGGUGGACGGCGAAAACCAAAUCACAGCAAAUUUAAUAGAAGACUCUCACUAACAGUAGUGUCACUGCAUCAAUAUUAAUCCCAUAAAUUAGCAGAUAAAGGGAAUGCAGAAUUUACAAGCGUGUUGGUGAUUCUUUGGGCAUCAUCGAUCGAUCAAUCAUCGAAGUUAUUUGGCAGAGAUGCAAUGCCCCACCAUUUGUGAUUCAAAGAUCCAUUAGUACUGUUGCACUUGCAGAUGAAAUUUGUAAACCUGCUCAACGACCCCAAUAUGAUGACGAAGCUUAAGUAAUUUACUUAACCAUUUACUAGAUUGGGAGAGAAUCAGAGUAUUAUUUGAAGGGUUAAUACUGUGGUUGUCCUGGAGGUUUAAGGUUUGAUAAGCCUUAACUUGGCACCAAAGUAGAGUGAUUCAACAACAUGAAAGCUUCAUUCUUUGUUAAUUGUAUGUUGUUUCAUUGCCAUUAUUGUGUUUUGUUUUUCUUA